AAUUUUCCUGUGCUGCCAUCUCGAAAGCUGUUCAAAAUUUGAACGCUGCUGCACGGCGCGAGCUCAAGCUCAAUAAACAGAAAAACGCGCGAGAAGUUUUGCCCUUCAGCUGUUCGUUUUUGUAUCACAAAAAUGACAACGAUAACGGAAUUGUUCACUGGCUUAGAUAAAACAUUUUGGACACAAGGACGAUUGGAAACUUAUGGAAAGUGGCCAUUCAAACCUAAGGAUGGCACUUGCACAGCAGAGCGAAUGGCAACUGCCGGGUUUUUCGUGGUUGAAGGAACCGACGAUGUGGACGUCAGUGUCGAGUGUUUUAUUUGCAAGAAACAACUCGACGGUUGGGAACCGAAUGACGAUCCAUGGCAAGAACACUCCAAACACCAGGCUGAUUGUCCUUACGUUUUACUGAACAAACAGGAUGAAAAACAGUGGACCAUAGAUGACCUGUUCUUACUAAUAAAAGCUUACUUCAUCAAACAAUGUACAGGCACAACGAAUGAGGUAGUGAAAACCAUUAAGUGGAACAGUGCAACUAUGGCGAAGAAAAUUCCAAAGAUCUAUAGAGCCCAGCGUUACAGUCGUAAGGGAAAGUAAGCAAAGUGCCCAGGAAAGAAGGAAGGAGGCCUCAUGUCCACUAGCAAAUAUACAAAUAUUUUUUAAGCUUCACGUAUUUCAAUAAUUUGUUAUAAGAGUAGCAGUAUUUUUUACUUUUAAUAAUUUUCGAUGGUAUGCAAUCGAUAACUCAUAACCGUUUUGGAAUAUUUGUAAUUGCUAUCAAUAACAAUGCACGAUUUACAUGAAAAGACCGAGCAGUUCUUCACACAUUGAUCACGGGGCAAGUAUGCUCGGUCGAUGUGAAAACAAAAAACCAAUUUCUAGUAAGAAGGCUUAAAAAUAAUCGUUUUUCAAUUAUUAACGAAGCGUCGUACAAUUAAAAACAAGAUAAUAACGCUCGAA